GCAACUAGCCUGUUGGAACAAAGAGCCGUGUCCUAUAGUUACUCGUUACGGCGUUCAUUGCUCCGUCUUUGUCUUGUAGUUCGGCGCUAUCGGACGCCACUCGGAAGCUGACAAUUCAAACUGCACAAUAUAUAUAGGCGUUCAUUGCUCCGUCUUUGUCUUGUAGUUCGGCGCUAAUCAAGAUUGCACCGAAAGCAUCAUAAAAUGGCUAGUGCAGCGGUCGAGGAAACCGUCGAGGAGAUAGUUGAAGAAGUCGUAGAGGAAACGGUUGAAAAUGCUGUAGAGGAAGCAGUCGAGGACGCUGUGGAAGAUGCUGUGGAAGAAGCAGUUGAGGAGCAAGUCGAGGCUGCUGUUGAGGAAGCGGUAGAAAACGCCGUCGAGGAUGCUGUGGAUGAAGCAGUGGAAGAAGAAGUAGAGGAAGGAGUCGAGCAGACCGUCAACAACACCAUCAGGAACCGCAUAAUUAAAGUCGUUGCAGGUCUUCUUGUCGCCGUCUUGGUUAUUUCGCCAAUUAUUGAUCUGAUCAAGGCAGGCGCUGGAGCCGGCAAAAAGAAAUGCACAAUUGACGAUAAAACAAAGGCCAAGAUGGACCGGUCAGUGGGCGUGCUUGAUGUACUGAGUAAACUGGUGACGUCAUGGGCGGAGCUGCUGAAGUCGUACAAUCAGAAGGAAUCGUUGGGUGACGUCACUUACAGGGGCAAAUCCGCUGACGCAGCAGGAGUAGUGUGGGGGCUCUUCAACGAUAUGAAGGAGGAAUUGAGAAAGGCCCAGCGCAUAAGCGAUGCUUGUUCAACUGACUGCAAAUGGAAGGCGAACAUAGACGUUUUCGAGUUGGACGUGAUUAAGGCCGCGUAUAACAUCGACGCCAUCUUCAUGGCCAAAGACCAUGGUCCGGUGAUGAAGCAAAAGAACUUCCCACCGGAGGACGACAGAAAGACCAUGACAGAUGCCUUCAACAAGUUCUACAACGAUGACUGGAAAAUGAUUAUUAAAAUGAACGCCCAGAAGAACCUCACCAAGGCUGUUAAGGCGGGCGCAGCCAAAGCCGCCCAGGAGGCUGUGAAGAAGGAGAUAACGCCCCCACUGAAGACUGCUAUCAAGUCUGGUAUCGAGAAGCAAGUCGUGCCUGACGUGAAGGGGGAGGCAAAGUCUGCAGCAGACGCAGAGACGAAAAUUGUGUUCAACGAGUGGAAUGCUAGAAUCAAUGAGCACGCUGCCAUUCCUAUUUACGGUAUUUCAUCGCUGAAACACUGGAUGAUGGAUAAUAUCAAACCCGAAGCAGUCAGGAAAUCUACUGAGAAAGCCACCGCUGCUGCGAAUGCUACGUUUCAGCUCCCUGACGCUCAAAUCAAGAUCAUGCACAUCACAGCCGACUCGAAGGACCAAGUUCUGCGCAAGUACCGCGAUGACAUCAAGAAAAUUGCCGACAAAGCCGCCGAUGACUACAUCAAGAAAGCGUUAGAGGAACACAAGGCUAAGAAAUGAGCUAGGACAAGGAGAAGACGCCGCGAAUCGAGAAGAGAUGGAUAGAUUUGGUGUAAUACGAGAGGUUAACAAAAAAACACAUGCGGUAACAUCUAAAACAUAAAAAGCUAUAAGGGGGAAGAUAAAACGUAUGUAGUGUUAAGUAGUCCAUCACUAGCAUAAUGAUAAGGUAUUACUGGUUAGCCUUAUAGCGUUAGUUUUCAGUAAGCUAUUACUAGCAUAAAAGCAAAGCUUGUGAUGUUAUUGGUAUAGCCAUAGCUUAAUGAAUGUAGUGUUAGGCCAUUACUAGAAUAAUAGAUAAUUAUAGAUGGUAAGGCAUGUGAUAUCACUGGUAUAGCUAUGGCUAUAUAGCCAUAGUUUUCAUAGCAUAAUGAUAAUGUUUGUGAUGUUAUUGGUAAAGCCAUAGCUUAAAGAAUGUAACAGUAUAGAUUAAUCACGAAUGGGAAAGCCAAUAAAGCUGAGUGAAUAAAAAAAUGGUUUCAGAACAA